AUGUCCAAGGACCGGCGCGAUGGCUGGCGCGUUGGACUGGCAGACCCCCGAGCUCCCGCCAACUACGAGCUCAACGCCUACAACACCUACGCAGUGACAGCCUAUGGAGGGGCAGUUCAUCAGGGGUGGACUAACCAGAACGUUGUCCACUACCCCGUGCCACAACUCCGUUACUGCGCUCCGGAGUUUCAGGCCACUGCAACGCCGUCCGCCGCGCGACAACGAAUAGCUGCUCCGCCGACGGGCAACGGCGGAAUGGCGCUCGGCCGCCCAGACAACUCGCCUGCUCGUGUUCAAGGCGCCGUCAACCCUCCCAGGCCUAGUCCGCCCGCUCCUCCCCGGGUGAACGGAACUAUCAACGACAAUACGCAACCUUCUGCUGUCCCUGGAGCUGGGAGACAGGUGGCUGCGCUACAAGCUUCACUGGCAGGCCAGAGCGCUCCUGACCCAACUGUGUCGUCCAUUCGUGCUGCUGACGGCUCGAUCUCGCUUGCGAAGAUCGGUGAUCUCUUGGCUAAAGGCAAAUCUGGUGAUGUUCGCGUCUCGACUUCGAAUCCGGACCGUGUCGUCUUGACUGUGGAGAUGCUUACUGCCCGGUUUGAGCUGACGGCUAGCCAGGCUGAAGAGAUUCUUCGCGAGCUGACCCGCAUAAGAUCGUAG